CAAACACUUAUAUUCAUUAAAUGAGUGAAAAUAAUGGCCAAAAAAGUGAACCAUCAAGUGUUAUACUCUAUUGUAGAGUAUGUAAGAGGGGAUUUAAUAGUGCUGGAGCACUAGGUGGGCACAUGAGAUCUCAUGGAGCUGCUGGGGAAAACAAUAAUAGAAACUAUGGGGAACAAGUUAGUGAACCAAAAUAUACGAUCAAUAAUUUUAGAAGGGAUAAAUCAGAGAGUCAGAAGCACUCUUAUAAUCUUCGUACUAAUUCUAAUCGAUUGGUGGCAGGCAAUAAUCGAUCAACAAGUGAUGAUCGAGUGGAUGUUGAAAAAUCGGAGUAUUAUUAUGGCCGCGAUGGUAAAGAGAAACAACAUUCUUCAAGAGAAGAAGAAGAUCUCGCGAAUUGUUUGGUCAUGUUAUCGAGCAAAUCUUGUGAUUUGUCCGAUGACAACAACAACAGCGAGUCUAGAAACAAGGCUAAAGAAGUGGAAAAGGGCAUGUUUCAAUGUAAAGCAUGCAAGAAAGUUUUUAAUUCCCACCAAGCUUUAGGGGGACAUAGAGCGAGUCACAAGAAAGUUAAAGGGUGUUAUGCUGCAAAACUCGAUGUUGACGAUGACGACACCACAAACAGCAAUAACGAUGAUAAUGACAUCGAUGAAGACUUGAUGAUCUCUACUGGUGAUUUAAUUUUGCAUCAAGAAUCUAACUCUUCACAAUCCCAAUCUCCAUCUUCGAGCUCGUUUUCAAGAAAGAGAUCGAGGGUGCAUCAAUGCUCGAUUUGCCAGCGAGUCUUUUCAUCUGGCCAAGCCUUGGGCGGCCACAAAAGGUGUCACUGGCUAACAUCAAGUAUACCAGAGACUACUUUUAUUCCUUCUUUUCAAGAAAUCCAAUAUCAUAAUCAAGAACAAGUACUAUACAACAAACCUAUAUUUACCAACCAUCAUCAACCGCUCGAUCUAAAUUUUCCAGCACAACUAGGCAAUCCAGCUGAAGUUGGGUUGAAAUUACAUAGUAAUCCAUUUGAACAGGAAAGUCCAAAAAGCUCUCUCCAGCUAUGGACAGACCAACAAGUUGAUAUUAAUCAAAAUGAAAAUCAAAAUCACAAGUGCAAAUAUUCUUUGAGUAGGGAAGAAGAUAUAAAGUCCAAAGAAGCAAAGUUGAGUAACCUUAAAGAUGUAAAUUUAGAUGGUGGCUCUUCUUGGUUACAAAUAGGGAUUGGUCCAACUCCUGAUAUACUACCAACCCUCUAAGGUUAAUAUGAAGUGAUUGUUUUGUCAAUUAUAAAAAUAUAGUUAUAUAUUUAUAUUUAGAGGUAA